AUGAAUUUCUAAAAUUUCUUCGAAGAGCCCAUUAAAUUAUCCUCUUACCAGUAAUUACAACAACAGGGUAAUAUAUACUUCACUAUUCAAGCAGUUAACGAAUAAAAGGAACAGAAAGUUAAAUCAGAUAUUCAGAGCUUAGAGCACAUUUGGGUUUAGUGGUUAAGCCAACAACAAAUGUCUCAAAUCCAAAAUGAAGACAUCCAGAAGAAAAAUGAGUCAAUCGAUGUAGAAUGCACUCAAGAGACAAAUGCAGUUGAAAAGAGUGCUUAACUCAAAACCUUCUUUGAAAUCCUGAAAUCGAGAAUAAUAAAUGAGAAAUUGUAUUCUACCAUGACUCAAACAUAAAUCACCCAAUUUUUCGAAGAAGCCACAACCUAAAUUUAAAACAAAAUCAAACUCUAUGAAGACAUCUAGAAAUUGAAAUUGCUCUAAAAUUAUCCAACAAACACUAAGAGGACUUAUUCAAAAUCUGCUAAUAUGAUACUCAAAAAAUGGCUGAUUGAGAAUUACAACAAUCCUUAUCCAAAACCUUAAUAGGUCGAGUAAUUAGUCUAACAAACAAAUUUAACUAACAAAUAAGUCUUAAAUUGGUUUAUAAAUGCUAGAAACAGUCUUAAAAAUAAAGCAAAUUAAGAAAAAAAGUUUAAAUAGAUAGUUGAAUGUAAAUUCAAAGAACUUGCAAUUAUGAAAAAAAAAAAAAUAGAACAAAGUAUUUGA